AUGGACCCCGGGGUGCUGUUCGGCAGCAAGGACGUGAUCGAGUCGCGCGUCCUCGACACCAUCCGCCGCGCCAAGUCGCAGGGCGUGCGCCACAUCAUGAACCUCGGCCACGGCGUGCUGCCCGGCACGCCCGAGGAGAACGUGGCGCACUUCUUCGAGGUGGCCCGCACCGCGCACGAGCGCCUUAUGGGGGCUCCCGCUGUAAAAGCAGAGGAUAUCGCCAACGGCGUGAUGCGCUUGAUGCUGCAGCAGCAGGCAGCGCUGCAGGAGACGCAGCGGCAACAGUACCAACAAUUGCUGCUUCUGCAGCAGCAGCAGAAGCAGCUGGGGAACCUCCUUCCGCAGCAGGACGAGCAGCAGCUGCACCAGCAACUGCAGCAGGUGCAGCACGAGCAGCAGAGCCGGCACGACCAGCAGCGGCAAUUGCAGCAGCAGCAAUUGCAGCAGCAGCAGCAGCAGCAGCAGCAGCAACAGCAGCAGCAGCAGCAGUUGCAUCAACAGCAACUGCAACAGCAGCUCGUGCAGCAGGCAUUACACCAGCAGCAUCAGGCGCAGCAGCAGCAGCAGCAGCAGCAGCAGCAGCAGCAGCAGCAGGCGCAGCCUUCGCUGCUGCCGCGGCAACAUCAGUAUCAACCGCAUCUGCAGCCCGCCCGUCCCGCAAGCCGCAGCGGCACAGGCGUGCCUUUCCCUGCCGUCGGCGCAGGCGCAGGCGUGGCCGUUCCUGAGGCGACGGCGGGCGCGGCGCAGCGGCGUGCGCUGGCCGCGUCUGCGGCCGCUGCGGCGGCGGCGGCGCCACAGCAGCAGCAGCAACAUCAGCAGCAGGAGGAUGACGAUUACAGCGGCCUGACUGUAAUGCAGAAAUAUCACCUCAAGCGCAAGCAGCACGUGCAGCGGAUGGAGCAGGACCUCGCUGAGAAGCUGUCAGAGCUGGCCGUGCUGCAGCGCGAAAACGACAAUCUGAGGAAGCGGGCAGAGGUGCUGGAGAAUAUGCUGGUGGACGUGGACAAGCAGCUGGUGCUCAUGUCGGAAGUCGAUCAGCCAGAACCGUCGGACUGGCUGACCCUGAUGAAGCUGACUCACACAGAGGUGCGGCCUUCGCUGCCCGUGACGCCCCUCGCGGCCUUGUGA